AUGGCCUCGACGGUAACCAGCGGCUACACCAUGGCGCGCCGCGAGCCAAUCCACCGCUACCAUUGGCCGGCGGUGCAGCUCAACAUAUGGCUACUUGUGAUGCUGCUCGCCUCAUCGACCAUCGUCGGCGUCUUUGCCAACUUUAUCAACGUGCAGUACCAGCUCCUGCUCGGGGUGCCGUGGUACUUUCCAUACUUUAUUGUGGUCGGAUCGAUGGUCAUAGUCUUCAUCUUUCUCAUGCUUUGGCUCAUUUUCAACUCCCGUUUGCUGCCGUCCGUCGUUAUGAUCGGCGGCUUCAUCCUCUGGGUCAUGUGGCUCGUGGGAUUGAUCAUGGUCAGCAUUGAGCUGUGGGGUUCAAAUAGCGGCAGUGUCCAGGGCAGUUGCAAUCUGUUGGUAUUCAACCAGAACCCUACUGGGCAGACGCUCAAUACGCUGGCAUGGCUGCAGCAGAGAAGUAUCUGUCAAUCCUGGCAAGCCGUUUUUGCUUUUGCGCUCGUUGGGCAGCUGUUCCUGCUGUGGAUCAUGAUCAUGGCGUAUCAAGUGUUUGCGGGACAGGCGUUAUGA